GUUUCCUGUUGCCUCAUUUCCCCUUAACAUGUUUUGUGUGUGUGUGAACAGGAGGGAUGUGGAUGUCAGCAACUUGUGGUUAUUGCCCUGUGCACCUCGCUGAAGGUGGCGUAGAGUUUCGCUGGAGACAGAGACCGAGUUUAGAGGCUCAGAGAGACGGGAGAUGAGACAGUGGGAUGGCCAGCGUGUCACCACCCUUCAACUUCUGCUUUCUCUGGCUCAGCAUCCCACACUGUGUGUCUGGUGCCAUUCAGCUCCCUCUUUAACACAUGUGCAUGUCCAUGUAUCCACAGACGGCUGGCAGCGCUUGCUGAAGAACAUCAGAACCAGGGCUGAGAUGUGGGGGUGCAUAAUUGUGACCUCUGUGCUUCUUCUGUCAGGAGUUGGGGCAAGUAAAUGGGUAGUGUAUUUCUCCAGGACGGACAUCUGCGCUUGGGCCGGGACCACUGUAACACUGCCGUGCCGCUAUGAUUACCCCUCGCCCUUCAGCUCCACGCGGGUCACAUGGUUUCACAUCUCUGCAGAAGGCAGACGGGAAAUCGCCUACCAUACUGAUGGGAAUCUGUUGAGCCCCUCAUACAGGGACAGGAUCAAAUACAUGGGGGGCCUCAAAAGAUGCAGUUUGCAGAUCACAAACAUGAAGCUGAGCGAUGCAGGAACAUACCAUUUCAGAUUCGAGACUGACAACCAGCAGGGACGAUGGACCUCUCCUGAUGCCAUCACACUGUCCGUCACAGAGCUUCAGGUUCAUAUACAUCCACCGAGAAUAGGCAACAUGUUUGCUGCUGGCGAGACGGUCUUCCUGAGCUGUGUGGCACGAGGCUGUGCCGCCCCUGGCAGGAACUUUGCCCUUUAUCGGAAUGGGAUCAAUUUGGGUCAGUCCAACAAGCUGUCAGCCAUCUAUAACUUUGACAGUCAGCAUGCAGGUACCUACACCUGCCGUCCAAUACCACCUCAAAACGUUCAGUCACCGGGAGUCACCCUGGCUCUUGGAUAUGCUCCUCGCUACACCACGGUACAGAUUACCCCUCGAGAAGCAGUCAGAGAGGGCGAUUCGGUGACUUUGACCUGCAGUAGUGAUGGAGCUCCGCCAGCAGAAAGUUUUGCCUGGUUUAAAGAAGGAGUGAGCGGCAGUGUGCCAGACAGCUUUAGACCUGAGCUGAGAUUGUGGAGUUUGAACUACAGGGACCAUGGAGAGUACUUCUGUGUGGCCCGCAACCCGCUCGGCACAGACCGGUCCAGACCGAUUUUACUGAAUGUUACCUACUCCCCAAAAAACACAAGAAUCCUCAUCAGUCCUAAAGGAGACAUCAUGGAAGGGUUUGCUGUCAAUCUGACCUGCAGAAGCAACGCCAACCCUCCCAUAGAGAAAUACGCCUGGUACAAAGUGAACGGCGGUCAGCCCUGGACCAAAGGCAAUGCGCAAAAUCUCACCUUUUCUAGCGUGCGUUCCCAUCAUGCCGGACAGUACUACUGUACUGCCUGGAACGGGUUCAGCAUGGGAACAUCGCCCACUAUUUCCCUUUCAGUGCUUUAUGCCCCCAAAAACACCUCUGUGUUGGCACGGCCUUCCACUGUGAUCGAAGCGGGCAGCUCGUUGACGCUGACCUGCAUCAGUCAGGCCAAUCCGGCGGUGGAGAACUACACCUGGCACCGGAUCAAUGCGGCUGACGCCUGGGAAACUCGAUCGGGUCCCAGCUACACCAUUGCUGAGAUCAGCCCUGGAGCCAGCGGCCAGUACUACUGCGAGGCCCGCAACCGCAUCGGAGCACACAGCUCCCCGGUUCUGACGGUGAAAGUUCGAGGACGACUGAAGGUGAUUGCAUUGGCAUCUGCAGUGGGUGUUUCUGUCGGACUGAUCUCACUGACCGUGGUUGUCAUGAUCAGUAAAAACAUGCAUCGCGUGGACACUGAAAAUCUUGAGGAAGAAAAACAGUGUUCACCAAUAGUUGACUUGCCAGUGGACAACACUCUGUUUAGGGAAUCAACUUCAGAGACGUUUCUCCUCAAGGGCACAAAGAUGUCAGACAUUCCGGAGGAGCCGGAGGAGAUUUAUGAAAGUAGCCACCCUUCCAUCGUGCCCCUGAAAGAAGCUGCGCAGAGAGCGGAGGAACAGGGAAAAAUCAACUACAUUACGGUGCAUUAUUCUCGCAUGCCCAGUUGGGAAAAGGCGAAGGUCACAAAAAUACCUCUAGAUGGAGAGAAGAAGCUCAAAGAUGGUCCUAAUGCUGUUUAUACUGUUCUUGCCAAGCAACUGAGAGAGGAGAUGGAAGAGUCUGGCGUCUGAAGUGGUCAACUAAUGGAAGAAAUUGUGAAACCACAGGGAUUUUUUUAAACUACAUGUACUUACUAAUGGACCACUUGAAGUAGCCUGAAUGUCAGAGACUUGAAAAUAGGCCACACCAGUGAAAUCUCCACUGGAUGUUUUGUUCAAUUGUGUCCAGCUGCAGUUUGCUUUAAUAAAAUCCAGCUGCUCAA